AUGCAUCUUCAACUAGACAACUCUGUCGUCCUUGUUACCGGAGGAACGAAAGGCAUCGGACGUGCGAUCGUGCAGCACUUCCUCGCCGAAGGGGCGAACGUCGCCUUCUGUGCUCGUACGGGCUCGGAUGUCGAGGCAUGUUUACAGGAGUGGAAGGCGGCGUGGCCUAAGCAGAGAGUAGCGGGGAGGGCGCUGGAUAUCGACGAUUUGGACGCUGUGAAGCAGUGGGUGCGCGAUAUGGGCGAGGAGUUUGGUGGGAUCGAUUGUGUGGUUUCGAAUGUGAGCGCGAUGGCUAUCCCCAAUACAGUAGACAACUGGAAACGGAUGUUCCACACCGACCUUCUCUCCGUUGUCGUCCUACUCGAAGCAGCCAUCCCCUACCUGGAGAAAUCCACACGCUCCCCAAGCAUCGUCACCAUAUCUUCCGUCUCUGGGGUCGAACUCGAUGGCACAGUCCCUGGACCGUAUGGAGCGACCAAAGCUGCGUUGAUACACUAUACGCAGCAGCUGGCGCAAGUUCUGGCGCCAAAGGGGAUCCGGGCGAAUAUCGUCAGCCCUGGCAAUAUCUAUUUCCAGGACGGAGUAUGGCACCAGUGUGAAGUACAGCGGCCAGAAGCAUUCGCCCGGGCUAUGGCGAACAACCCUCUUGGGAGGAUGGGGAAGCCGGAGGAAGUCGCUGUGCAGGUGGUAAUGUGUGCGAGCCCACUGAGUGGGUUCACGAGCGGCGCAAAUAUUUUGGUGGAUGGGAUCGAGCAUAAGGGCGUGCAUUUCUAGUCAGC